GCGCAUUGACCACGUGCGCUCCGCAACGCGUCAUUCUCCCUAUGUAAACAAGAGGGCGGGACUAUGCGAAAUGAGAUCCCGCCCUUUCUCGAAACUCUAAGCGCGACUCCCACGCCAGGUGCAGAACUCCAAAACGGCGGCGGCGUGGGAGAACUUCGGGAUCUUCCUCGUCAUAAAUCACUUUGGGCCGGGUCCCCCCCUACCCUACCCUACCCAGAGCUGGGCUGCUUUGGCGCAAGGUGGAAAAGAGGAGGAAGGGAAGGGGGGAAAGAAAGACCGAGCCUGGGCUCGGGGCCUGGAAGGGCGCGGCGUCCCGUCCCAUCCCUCUGAUCCUGGCGCAAAUCCUCCCGUUUGCACAGCCAACACGUCCGCAUCUUGGAGGAAUCCCGGGCGCGACGUGCCCAGCGCCCGCCCCUGGAGGCAGCCUUGGGAAGGGGAAGGCGCUCCGCUCGCUCCCAACAGGCCGCCCCCGGCCUGAGCGGGGGACCCACGUGCUCUUGUAGCCCCGCAGCCAGCUCGGCGCGCAGUUUCUAGCUAGGCUGCAAAGCUCACCGUCAUCCCUGCUCUGCCCUGGCAAGGAGCCGAUCGCUGCUCUCUCUACCUCCCUCUCCGCCGCUCGAGGCAGAGUUGCCGCUGGAUCCACUGAGUUGGCUUCCCUGCCACCAGCUCCUGGAGACGCCGGCCACCGACGCUUCUUCUGCGCCACCGUCCCACGAAGGGGGUCUGGCGGCUGGCCGGAGGUGGGGGGCCGUUGCGAUCGUGGGCUUGGCGACGCCGGAGAAUCGCCCCCUAUAAAGCGACCUCCCUUGGCAAGGUCACCCGAGGGGAAGAAGAAGAAGGCGCUUUUCUUCGCAGCGCCCGCGCGCGCCCUUGCCGUCUCUUCGGAAAGCGCCAAGGCGACGCGGCUGGCCCGGGGCGCGCAGACGCGGGUUCCUACUGCCCCCUAAAGCGGUCGGGGCGCGUUCCCCACGCCUUUCGGCUGCAGAGCUUUCCCGCGAAGUUGUGGCCCCUGCGGCGCGCCGGCUUCCGCCGCUUCUCCUCCCUUUUGCAGGCUCAUCUGGGCUUGCAACGCGAGAGGGGGAUCCUCGACCGACCCGCCGCUGGAUCGCGACUUUUCUUGCUCCUGCAAGCAUCGCCCCCCCCAAACACCACUACCACGCAUGAAACCUUUUGGCGCUCGAUGGUUUUAAUCCCGCAGGAUUUGCAAGCCGGGAGGGGGCUUCCUCCGGCCUCAUGAGGAAGCAGCAGCAGCAGGGAAGCCCCCCACUUCCAUGACCAGGAGGAGGAGACACCUCUCCUCCAUCCGAGGGAUGAGCGCGAUGUCUGCGACGCUGCCACAGAAGAAGGGCAGGCGCCUCCCCGCGUGGCGUGGCGCGGCUCCUAGUGGGACUAAGGCGGCAGCAGCAGCAGCGGGAGCUCAAUGACCAAAAGGGGCUGAGGAAGAGUAACCGGGAGGGCUCGCGGGUGAGCGCUCACCUCGCGUGGACUAGCAGGGCAGGAGGCGCAAAAGUUUGGCCAAGUUUAGGGCGCGCGCCUAAAAGGUUUCGAAAGGUCCGCCUCCCCUUGGCCUGUGCAGUUGGAUCGAAGCUACAUCAGCGCCAGCAUGCCAGCUGGAGGACGCCUCUGGUCUCUCCAGGGAUAUUUCCCUUAAGGGGGGGGGGGCAAAAAAAAAUACUACCCACGCAACAACACCCACCCGGUCUCUGGCUGCAGGAGCCAGCAUGGAAGAGGAAGGGGCCAUGCUGUAUCGGCGGCUUUGAAAGUUUGCCAAACACCUCCGAGGUUGCUUUUCUUCCUCCAGCCCCCACCCCCCCUCGCCGAAAGAGGAGCGACUGAGAGGAAGGGCAGAGAGAGGGGGCCAGAUCGGAGGUGGGGGGGGGGGGUCGACCAGGGAGUUGGCUGCUUCCAAGCAUGGGAGACAGGUUGCCGGAGCCAAGCCGUGCAAACCCUUCUCCCGCGGUGGCCGCCUGCUCGGAAGCAGAAGCGAUCGAGGUCCUGGAAUCCGAGGAUGUCCUGCCUAUGGCUACGGAGGACAACCAUAGAGUUGGAAGGAACCAAAGUCCAUCUACUCCAACCUGCUGCCCAAAGGCAAAGCUGCCAAGCCACCAACCCCCCACAGAUCAACCUCUGCUGUCCAGGACACAGUGUGACUCAAUCAGAGGGCAGAAGCAUGUGAGAAAGCACUGGAAAGCUCUGUUUGAUCAGUUUGACCCUGAAAACACUGGCUACAUCAGCACUGAGAAAUUUCGAAACCUCCUCCAAAGGCAUGGCUCUGAGCUAGAUCCACACAAACUAGAAGUUCUUUUGGCCUUGGCAGACAACAAUUCUGACGGGAAGAUCUGCUACCAAGAUUUCGUCAACUUGAUGAGUAACAAAAGGUCCAACAGCUUUCGCCAAGCCAUCUUGCAAGGGAACCGGAGGCUGUGCAGCAAGGCCCUGCUGGAGGAGACGGGACUGAGCCUUUCCCAGCGGCUGAUCCGCCACGUUGCGUAUGAGACUCUGCCCCGUGAGAUCGAUCGGAAGUGGUAUUACGACAGCUACACCUGCUGCCCCCCGCCUUGGUUCAUGAUUGCCAUCACCAUUGUAGAGGUUGCCUUCUUUCUUUACAAUGGAGUGGUACUAGAUAGGUUUGUGCUGCAAGUCACCCAUCCUUUAUAUUUGAAGAACUCAUUGUUAUAUCAUCCUCAGCUCCGUGCCCAGGCCUGGAGGUACCUCACCUACAUAUUCAUGCAUGCAGGGAUAGAGCACCUUGGACUCAAUGUUGUCCUUCAGCUUCUAGUUGGAGUCCCCCUUGAAAUGGUACAUGGUGCUGCAAGGAUCGGGUUUGUCUACAUUGCUGGAGUUGUAGCAGGUUCCUUAGCAGUGUCUAUUGCUGAUAUGACUGCACCAGUCGUGGGCUCAUCUGGAGGCGUGUACGCCCUGAUAUCUGCUCACCUAGCCAACAUAGUAAUGAACUGGUCUGGAAUGAAGUGCCAAUUCAAGCUGUUGCGCAUGGCUGUUGCCUUGAUCUGUAUGAGCUUUGAAUUUGGAAGAGCUGUGUGGCUGAGGUUCUACCCAUCCGCUUACCCUCCAUGCCCACACCCAAGUUUUGUCGCCCACCUUGGGGGCGUUGCUGUCGGAAUCACCCUAGGCGUAGUCAUCCUAAGGAACUAUGAGCAGAGACUCCAAGACCAGUCCUUAUGGUGGAUCUUCGUCUCCAUGUACGUGGUGUUUGUUCUCUUUGCCAUCUUCUGGAACAUUUUCGCCUAUAGCCUGUUGGACCUGAAACUACCUCCACCUCCUUGAGAUCCUGGGUCGAGGGACUCUCAAGGACAAAUGGAUAACUUCCCAUCUGCCAGCUCCAUUUCAAGGGCGGGGUGGGGUGGGGUGAGGUGGGGCGGGAUUGAAACGGAGGGUUUAUUUUUGUACGAAUAUCACAGGAUAUAAGCAAAUCCAUCUUCUGAAAUGGCACAAGUUGAGGGGGAAACUAUAUGCUGCAUGGCUAGGAUGUGACCAUAUUAUUGGAAAACAAUGGCCUAAGCAGGGACUGGCCAAUAGAAACUUGUUUGGAAGGAGAUUUGGGCAUGGAGAUUUGCAGGUAUCGCCGUAGUCCAUAAGGACCAGGCCUUGUAUCCAUUGAUCAUGCAAGUAGCUUGGUGUUGCUUUCAUGAUAAAAAGGCUGACAAUUCAGCCCUAUAUUUGUAUAACAGGACACUUAACACCACAUACUGGUGAAUGCUAAUGCACAUAGUGAAAUUUUGUUUGGGUUGCCUACAUUUUUCCAGGUUAAUCUUCUACCAUACUCACAAUUUACAAGAGCCAUCCAUCAGGCCAUGAGGGAAAAGCUCUUCCUUCCUUUAACUAAAAGGGCACUCAGCCAAGGGUGCUUGGCUUGACGGGUCAGGCUGUUCUUCAGUGCCACUGCUGAUGCCCAGUAAACCUGGACAGAUCCUCAAGUCUGCUGCCUUGUUAAGAGGCGCAGGUCUUACAGAAAUCUUCCAAGGGGUUCAGCGCAUAUGGGUUCACAACUUGCCAGUGGUAGAGGCCACUUCUCAACUAAAGGACAAACCAAAUUGCACAGAAAGAUUUGAAAGUGCUUUAACCUGGUUGCUAAAUACAACUGCAUAUUUAAUUAGAUAUUCAUAGUUUGUGACUGGGUUUUAAUUCUUGAAUACUUUGCAGACCACUUGAAUAUUUUGUAAUUUUUUUUGUGGACAAUCAUGCUAUUUUCUUCUGGUUUCUUAUUUUCUUCCUUGGUCCUACACAUUCUUU